UAUGUUUAUCAAAAAGAAAUGAAAAAAUCCACUUGAACGUACACUCGGUGCCUAUAAAAACCCUACACAAUUCUCAGAUUUUGUAUAGCGUCGAACCGCCCUUUCACACAAUAACAGUAGAUCAACGAUCCAACAAGUCAAAAUGAAAUUCUUACUUUGUGUCUUUGCAGUAGUUGCCUUAAUGGCCCUAUUCGUCGUUGCUGAGGCAGAAGAGGUGGCGCCAAGGCUAUUCCAAGGAUUUGACAGUCAUCCUGAAACAAAAUGCAUCGAUGAGGAGUGCUACGAAAGCUGCAAAGAGCAGUCUCAUAUAUUUGGUUUUUGCGUCAAAGAAAAAUGUCAAUGUUUCCCAUUGUAGAGCAUUGGAUAAUUCAUCACUUCUUAUUAUACAGGAAUGUAAAAUAAAUUAGUUUAUUGAAAAUACGCU